AUGUCACGAUUUUUGUGUGGUUUGAGCCGAGAUAUAGCAAGGGUGGUAGAGCUGCAACACUACGUUGAAUUGGAGGAAUUAGUGGACAAAGCCAUCAAAGUUGAGCGGCAAUUGAAGUUGGAUCGAACUUACAAGAGUGAUGGAGGUUCAAGCUCGAAUUGGAAGUCUAAUUGGAAGAGAGACGAGAAGCCGAAUUGGAAGGGAAACAAUAUCAAGACUGAAACUUUGAAGGAGAAGGAGAAGGAUGAAAGUGAGAGGGAGGAAGAGGAUGAUAACAUGCCACUAUUGGAGGAUUGUAGUGAUGUUGAGAUGCCAGCAAAGGCAAGUUGUACCAUGGUGGAGAAAUUGGGAUUGAAGACUGCAAAGCAUCCAAGACCAUAUAGAUUGCAGUGCUUGAAUGAUAGUGGUGAAGUAAAAGUAUCGAAGCAAGUCCGAGUUCCAUUUGAGAUAGGGCGAUAUAAGGAUGAGCUGAUGUGUGAUGUUAUACCUAUGCAAGCAGGGCAUCUUUUACUUGGUAGGCCAUGGCAGUAUGAUCGAAAGGUACAUCAUGACGGGUACACUAAUCGAUAUUCAUUGGUGAUGAAUCAGAAGACAUACACAUUGGUGCCAAUGACACCUACUGAAGUGUAUGAAGAUCAAUUGAAACUACAACGUGAGGCUGAGAGAGAGAGAGAAAAAGAAGAUAAGAGUAGAGUGGUAAAAAAAACCGAGAGAAAAGGAGAGAGAAAAGAAAAGAGAGAAAAGAAUUUCUAUGCAAAAUCUAGUGAAGUGAGGAGAGCUUUGAUUCUGGACCGACCGAUACUUGUACUUUUGUACAAGGAGGCACUGUUUACUACUAACGAACUUGACCCGAAUUUGCCAAGUUCUGUCGUGUCUUUAUUGCAGGAAUUUGAAGAUGUCUUUCCUGAUGAGCUUCCUGGAGGUUUACCACCGAUUCGAGGCAUAAAGCAUCAAAUCGAUUUGAUUCUCGGUGCACCAUUGCCUAACCGACCCACAUAUCGAAGCAAUCCUGAAGAGACAAAGGAACUUCAGCAGCAAGUUAGCGAAUUACUAAAGCAAGGAUAUGUGAGAGAGUCUCUUAGCCCAUGUGUUGUUCCUGUUUUGUUGGUGCCAAAGAAGGAUGGGUCUUGGCGAAUGUGUAUUGAUUGCCGAGCAAUCAAUAACAUAACGGUAAAGUAUCGACAUCAUAUUCCUAGGCUAGAUGACAUGUUGGAUGAAUUGCAUGGAGCUUGUAUAUUUACUAAAAUUGAUAUGAAAAGUGGUUAUUAUUGUCCUUACAAAUAUCAAAUUAGGAUAAAAGAGGGGGAUGAAUGGAAAACUGCAUUUAAGACCAAGUACGGGUUGUAUGAGUGGUUAGUCAUGCCAUUCGGUUUAACUAAUGCACCUAGUACUUUCAUGCGACUUAUGAAUCAUGUUCUGCGUGCUUUUAUUAGUCGAUUUGUAGUUGUCUAUUUUGAUGAUAUCUUGAUAUAUAGUCGAAGCCUUGAUGACCAUAUUGAGCAUGUGCGAGCUGUUUUGCAGGUUUUAAGGGCUGAGCAAUUAUAUGCUAACCUAAAGAAGUGCUGUUUUGUAACUGACAAAUUAGUAUUUCUAGGCUUUGUUGUUGGUGCUGAUGGAAUACAGGUUGAUGAAGAAAAGGUGAAAGCAAUCCGUGAAUGGCCGACACCUAAGACAGUAGGAGAGGAAUUGGAGCUGUGUUGAUGCAAGGAGGACGUCCCAUAGCGUAUUUUAGCGAGAAGUUAAGCGGAGCGACAUUGAAUUAUCCGACUUACGAUAAGGAAAUGUAUGCUUUGGUGCGAGCUUUGGAGACUUGGCAACAUUACUUGUG